AUUGGCUAUGUCAAUGUUGAAAAAUAGUGGUAGUGGACCCAGAUCGAAGUUUCCAAAUCCAAAAUUCGCAAACAAAAGAGAUGGAAAAAAAUUUGAAAUUAAAAACGACUAUUGCCACAAAGCCGGCGCUCCUCAUGUGCAAACAGUGAUAAACACGAAACAUGGCCAAAACUGCAAGAAAAAUUGUUCCAUCACCAGAUAAAAAGAAUGUAAAAAAUGAAAUCAAAAAUAUUGGCCAAAAAGUUGGUGGUCGAAUAAUGAAAAAUAAAGCGAAAAAACAACCAAAAUUCAAAACCGAAAAAAAUGAAUCUAUCAACGACGACAACGUUGUAGUUUUGGAACCCGUUCGUCGAUCCGAUGAUUUGCCAUUAUCAUUAAAUACAAAAUGGAUAAACAAACAACGUGUUUUGGUGAUUGCAUCACGUGGUAUUACUUAUCGUGAUCGACAUUUGAUGAACAACCUAAAAGCGUUAAUGCCUCAUUCAAAAUCAGAGCCCAAAAUGGAGACAAAAGAUCCGAAUUUAGUUUUGAAUGAAAUAUGUGAAAUUCGAAACUGUAACAAAUGUAUAUUUUUCGAAAAUCGCAAACGUAAAGAUUUAUACAUGUGGUUGGCAAACGUUUCUAAUGGCCCCACGGCGAAAUUUCUUGUCGAAAAUGUGCACACAAUGGAAGAACUUCGAAUGACAGGUAAUUGUCUGAAAGCUUCACGACCAUUCUUAUCGUUUGAUCCUAAAUUCGAAUCCGAUCCACAUUGGGCUUUGCUGCGUGAAUUAUUUGUGCAAAUUUUUGGUACACCAAAAUCUCAUCCAAAAAGUCAGCCAUUUUUCGACCACGUAUUCACAUUCACUAUUCUUGAUCAUCGUAUUUGGUUCCGAAACUAUCAACUUUGUGAUGAGAAAGGAUCAUUGGCCGAAAUCGGCCCACGAUUCUGUUUAAAUCCUAUCAAAAUAUUCGACGGAUCCUUUAUGGGUCGUAUCUUGUACUCGAAUCCACAUUAUGUGUCGCCUAAUAAACAUCGAAUUUUAAUCAAACAAGCUGCUGCAAAAAAAUACGUCCAACGAUUACAAGCGAAACAACAACGUCAAUUGAUCAAGCCGGCUAAUCAUGAAACGUAUGCUGAUCUUGAUCAAUAUGAUGAUGUUUUUGAGACCAUCCGCCCUGAAGAAGCUAUUGGUCCAGAAAAGGCCAUUUUUCAACGUAAAAAAUGAAAAAUAAAUUUGAUGGCAAUUUUUAUAAAAUACAAUUAUCAUCAUUUAUUAAUGUAAUAAA